AUGGCAUGUUAAUGGAACACUCGAAAUUAUCCCAAGGCGUGAGUGUGAGUGCGAAUGUUUGCUUUUGUGUAUGUGCCCUACGAUUGGAUGGCUACCUACCAGUUUUCCAAACUAAAUAUGUACGGAAACAUUUUCGUUACUUUCUUUGGGACGGAACUAUUCACUGAGCGGUGUGUCAACUCGGACCGUUUUAAUCCAAGCACAAACUAACACGGAAGUAAGUCCCGAACGAUUUUCUGCUGGUGUUUCUAACGUCAUUCCCGUUAAAAAAAACUUGGAGGAAAGAGAGACAAUGGCAAUCAGUGCGGUUCAUCUGGAAUCGGACGCCUUCCUGGUGUGUAUGAAUCACGCUUUGAGCACGGAGAAAGAAGAAGUGAUGGGUUUGUGUAUCGGAGAGGUAGAAGUCAGCCGGAUCGUCCACAUCCACUCCGUCAUCAUCCUCCGCCGCUCGGACAAGAGGAAGGACCGUGUGGAGAUCUCCCCGGAGCAGCUGUCUGCAGCCUCCACGGAGGCCGAGAGGCUGGCCGACAUGACGGGCAAGCCGAUGCGGGUGGUGGGCUGGUACCACUCCCAUCCACACAUCACCGUGUGGCCCUCGCACGUUGACGUCCGUACUCAGGCUAUGUACCAAAUGCUGGACCAGGGUUUCGUGGGCCUCAUCUUCUCCUGCUUCAUCGAGGACAAAAACACCAAGACGGGCCGCGUCCUGUACACCUGCUUCCAGUCGGUUCAGGCCCAAAAGGGUUCCGAGUACGAGCGUGUGGAGAUCCCAAUCCACGUCGUCCCACGCCAGGCUAUCGGUAAAGUGUGCCUGGAGUCGGCCGUGGAGCUGCCACGGAUACUGUGUCAGGAGGAGCAGGAUACAUACCGCAAGAUCCACAGCCUGGCUCACUUGGACCCGGUCACCAAGAUCCACAACGGGUCCGUCUUCACCAAGAACCUGUGCAGCCAGAUGUCAGCGGUGAGCGGACCGUUGCUGCAGUGGCUGGAGGAUCGUCUGGAGCAGAACAAGCAGAGCAUCUCGGAGCUGCAGCGGGAGAAGGAGAGCCUGAUGCAGGAGCUGAGUGCCCUCUGACUGGGGGAAGAAUGUGGGCAUGUGGUUACUUUCUGUUCCUUUUUCACCCUAUCAUCUUGGUGGCCCAACUAAAUGCUUACCUCAUGUCAACGUCCACAGCUGUCACAUGUGUAUUUUCUUUGUUCACGCCUCCAUCUCUUUUGAUGAAGUUCUGCUAUAUACAAUGUUCGCUCUCAGCACACGGAAAAAAAAAAGACCGAGCGAUUAAAAAAAAAUAAUCAUAAGAUGUAAGCAUUGGUUUGUGUGUGACCCACUUGUGGUCUAACCAUGAUUGAAUAAGCAUCAUUUGUUAAUGGAUGAAGGAAAGACGUGCCUUUGUAGAUACUCUCGACUGUACAUAAAGACACUGGGAUGUAUAAGCUUUGUUUUGAAUUUAUUUACCUCAUAUUUCUGUGCACCACACCAAAGCAACCUGUUCUGGAAAACAUAAAUUGCAGUUCUUGAUUUAAUGUUUUUUUUUUUUAAACCACGAAAAGAAAAUACCAGUAGUAAGAAGUUAACAUAAGAUUGGAACUAUUGUGCAAGUUUCAGAUCAACGUCUAUUUGAAACAAAAAUGAUUUCACUCCUGAAAAUAAUCUGCUCAGGUCUGACCACUUUUUCGUGAGCUCGCCAUUUAUUUGUGGAAUUCUGUUGUUAUAAAUAUAAAUAUAACAGGUG